AUGUUGGGUCUUCGACAGCCCGUAACAGCGGAAAUGGUGGGUAAUGCUCUUAAUCUGGUCUAUGGAAAUGAUUCAAUGAUGUUUUAUAAUAAUAAUGCACAUAAUGUAGAUCAGAGUGGUGCUUCUUUUUUAAGUGGUUCACCACCGUUUUUGGCG